UAGAUAUGCGCCCGCGUCGAAAUUGACCAGUGGUGAACUUUUGGAAUGGAAUUUGAGAUUUGAUUUGAAAUGAAUAGAUUUUAGGUUUUUAUUUAGUUUUGAAAUUUGCAGGUUUGAAAUUAGUGAAAUCACUAGUGAUCACACUGAUCAAAGUGUUUCAUGAUGUAAAGGCUUGUGUAAAGGUAAAAUUGAGUAUUUAUGUUAUUUAUUUGAUUGUAUACUUUUGUGUCUGUUUGCUCACCACUCUGUCCACUCACACUCACUCUGUCUCUCAUUUUAAUUGUCUACUCAAAACUACGAAUUGUUAAAGAUGCGGUAGAGUCCGUAUGUAAACAAAUUAAAAAAAGGCUUUGUUUACAUUUCGGUAUCCAAAAUAUUGAAUUUUAUUCGACAACUAUUUAUAUUUUCAUGAUUCUAGAGUAUAAUAAAUUAUCAAGCUUAAUAAAAUGAAAUAAAAACCUAAAUAAACUGUUUGUAAAUAAAAAGAGGGCUCCUUUGCCAAGAUGGAAAGUUUGUUUAUUGUGCGCCAAAGAUUAGAUCAAGGUUCAGUAUAAACAUGCGCCAGUGGCCCGGACAAAUCCUGUUUUAUAAACAUAUUCACAUGUGCCGCCGAAUUGCAUUAUCAACACUUUUAGAAUGAGACAGAACAGAUUACUAAGCAUUUGAAAUAUGGGUCAGUCUGUGCUCAAUCAAAUUCCUUUUAUUAAAUGGCUGAAAUACAAACAGAAAUGGUUGAGAACAUUGUAGUGUCCACAACUAAAUAAAAUUUUGUAUGCCAGUGUGCCACACCAGUCAAAAUGGAGCAAAUUAAUAAAGUUUCCACGCCGAAGAUCUUUGGCGCAACCUACAAACUUUCCACCCUGGCUCCUUUGUGCACAUGUGCAGAUCGGACUGUACUGCAUGAGGUUUUUGUGGCUUACCUCGACCUUGAUAAUUCCACUUAUCACAAAAACUGAAUUCAAUAAUUGUUUUAUUGUACAUUUGUUUGUGUUAAAUAGAUAGUACCGCUUGCUAAUGAUCGCAGGCUCAUUUGCAGAUAACUCAGUUAUCUGCCAGCAGAUAACUGAAUUUUCUGUAGGUUGCGCGUGAUUGCGCGAUUUAACUGUAAGCCAGUUAGCCAAUCAAAUUGCUUUUACCAACUACAAUGUAUAAUAAUUUGUAUUAUUAUACAUUGUAUUUGUAGUUGGUAAAAGCAAUUUGACCUACAGAAAAUUCAGUUAUCUGCUGGCAGAUAACCGAGUUAUCUGCAAAUGAGCCUGCGAUGAUUAGCAAGCGGUAUCUAUUUAACACAAACAAAUGUAUAAUUAAAAAACAUUAUUAUUGAAUUCGGUUUUUGCGAUAUGCAAAAUUAUCAAGGUCGAGGUAAGCAUUUUUUUCCGCAUAUCACAAAAACCUCAUCCAAUAAUUGUUAAUUAUACUGUAUAAAUAUAGAGCCCAUUAUCAUAAAAAUGUUCAUAGGUUUUCUAUUGCCAUCAUGACAUUUUGCAGUGACUAAAAUGAGACUAUAAGUGAUGUAAAAAAGAGAAGUUAAACUGUAUUUUCACUGUAAUGACGUGGCCAUAUAUAAUGUAAUUGGUUCAAUUCUUCUGUUACCAUGCCAACCCCCAGGGAUUUGUGUGCUGAAAAUUCUUGGGGGUGGUGAAUUUCAUUGAUCAUUUGGUCCCGGGGGUAGGGGUGGGGAGUAUUUAUUUAUAAUUAUGGCAUAUAUUAUAUUAUGCCUGCAUGCAAUAUGGGUUUGAUUUAGCUUGCGAACACACGAGAAGCUGUUUCCGCAAGAUCUAUCAAAGAUGGUGGCGGAAUAUUUUACUGGUUAAUGGAAAAUAGCCUUGCUAAAACCGCCAGAACUUUGUGAUCUCUGCCAUUUGUGCUGUUCUUUUUAAUAAUAGUGAGCAUAGGAAAGCAACGUUUUUGACAACACGAACAUUAUGUGAAAGUUAACAUACCCCAUUAAUUUUCCCAGUGUGACAAAAAUUAUAUGCUACAUAUUUCCUAUACAAAAGUUAUAAUGAAAAACACCGCCGAAGUUUAGUAUCAGCUAACUUUUGGGCGAUGUCAUGUUGUCAAAAACGUCACUUUCCUAUAAGCUCACUAUUUAAUAUACUGUUCAUGAAAAUAAACUUAACGCAAUAGUCAAUAUUGUCCCCAGGGUUGGGAAUUGUCUUUUUUUAUUUGCCCGGGGGUGGGGAAAUAAGAAAUCUGCAAAUUCCCAGGGGGGAAGGAAGGGGGGGGAGGUAACAGGCUCGGGGGGGGUAACAGAUAGAAUUGAACCAUGCAUAAGGCAAAGUUUCACAGUACUCUGUUUAAUGCCAGACAAUUUUAGUAUUUUACCCAUCAAGGGGAGAGUAUUGGGCAUUAAUAGGUUACAUGCUGACAUAGGAGGAGGUGGCAUAACUAUCUUAGAUUUCAUCGUCAAAAUGUUACUUGGUGAAAUUGGAUUCUGUAAAUCGGUAGGAUCGCUGGAAGGGAAUGUCAGUGGUCUACUGUUGACAAUACACUUGGCUUCUGUUAACAAUAUACGGAAAGAUUCAUUAUUGAGGACAUGGCCAAAUUCUUUCAUUAACGAUGUUGAAGCUCUUUCGCAGCUCCUAUUAGGUUGGGCCAAAAAGAUCAAUUCCACAGUAUGUAAAUGGUGCUGCGGAAGUAAGUCUGUCCUUGGGCAAAUCAGCCAUCUUCUGUUUGGCGGUUCUGGCACGAAAUUUUCUUCAAUCUACGCAUCUUGAUAUGUAAUUUCUGACUCUGGAAUUGGCGUUUGUGAUCCAAUAUCCGCUUCUUAAAUGGUUGAGAGUAAUUCCUCUUCCGCCAUGGGCAACAUUCUUAUGGGUUAAAAGGUUUGAAUCCAGGUUCAUUCAUUUUUUGUUUGUUUUAUUUGUUCUUCUAGAUUAUUACUUCUAGCAGAUAGACAAAACUUAUUUAAUUUUGUAAUAAUCUAGAAGAACAAAUAAAACAAAGAAAAUUCUCAUGGGUGUGGCGAAUAAUCAGCUCUGUAAUGUGACCAUUUUGGGUAAUAUGACGGGAUGUAUAAUUUCUGUUGUUAUCUCUUCUCACCUACGUAAUCUUCCUCCAACGCGCAGUAGGCAAUUGGAGCCAAGGAAAGGAUUCAGGCGAUACAAUGAGCUUGACUUUCUGAGUUUGGUCGUUCUCUGCUUAGUAAAACUUCUACUGUUGACUUUGCUGCUAUCUUCGACCCUUUUCAGCGCACUAAUUUCGUCAGGAAAGGAUUCUGCUUGGACAAUCUUCAGAAUUGUAACUUCUGCCUUUUCUAAUUAUUCGACCACGAUAAGUUUGGGGGUCAUAUCUUGCGUGGAACUAUCGACAAGAUUCCGUCGGUUGCGAUCUCGUCUUGGCUUCAUGCGUAACAGCCAUGCUGUAGCUUUCUUUAGUCGGUACCAUUGAGAAAAACAAGAGAAGUAUUCCAUAAUUUCAUUGUGUUGACCAGAUACUAUGGUAUUAGCAGAUAUUACGGCGACUUCUGGAUCGUCAAGUGUAUUCAAGCUUACAUCAACAGGUCGUUUAGGCCAUUCAUCCAAUCAUCCGUUGCUUUCCACAGGAAUGAUGGUCCGUUGAUCCACCGCUUGUUCUCAAGGAAGCGUGAUAUCUUUAAAGCACGAGACGCAUCGGCAGGAUUCAAGGCUAAGCCAACGUAAUGCCAUUCAUGGGGUGCAGUGGUGUCUCUAAUUAUUUGAACUCGGUUUGCUACGAAAGUCUUGUACCUGGCUUUAUCAUUGGUAAGGUACUUUAGGACUGUGGUACUAUCGGUCCAGUAGAAUCGAUCGUCUGGUGAAAUAUCAAGCUCUUUUACAAGCAUAUUCGAUACACGUACUGAUAAUACAGCAGCGGUCAAUCAAUUCGAGGCGGAGAAUAGUCAUUUGCUUGAUUGAUGAACAACGAGCUUUGCCAAUAAGGAAAGCACAAUCAAUCUGUCCAAGGUCAUUUCUUGUCUUAAGUACGACACCUGCCCGUAUCCUGUUGAACUCGCGUCAGAGAAGCUGUGCCGGGUAUCUGCUGAGAAACUACUGUCCCAAAUUUAUACUGUAUGGUUUGAAACAUCGAUUCAGAUCAAAUUUUUCCAACAGAGGUAAACUUUUUUUUCCAUUCUUCCCAACGAUGACGGUAUACGUAUCUGGUAUCUCAUCAUCCCAAUCCGCUUUCUCUUGACAAAGAUCUUGAAGAAUCAUCUUACCCGGCGGAAGUAACACUGGAGCUGCUAUCCCUAAAGGAUCAUAGAUAGUGCCAAUGGUAGAAAGAAUACCUCUUCUAGUUAGUGGUUUGUCCUUGAUGGUAAUACGAAAACCAAAUUUAUCUGAUUCAACGUGCCAGUGAACGCCGAGUGCUCUUUCCAUGGGUAGAUCGUGAUGGUUAAGAUCCAAACUUCGAAGUUCCUUUGUUCGUUCUUCAGGAGGGAUGGUUUCCAAUACUCUCCGGUCGUUUGAUGUAAACCUCCACUGACACAAGCAUCUAUAACACUGUGCAUUCGUUUGAUAGCAACGUCCACCGUCUUGUCUGAUCGGAGGCAAUCAUCUACAUAGAAGUUUCUUCGGACCACGUCUGCAGAUUCCGUUCCAAUCUUGUACUCAUAAUCAUCAGCAGCUCUGCGGAGGCCAAAAUUCGAGCAGCUUGGAGAUGAUACUGCGCCAAAUAUAUUAACGUUCGUUUCAUAUUCAGCAAGAUCUUGCGAUAGGUCACCAUCAGGCCAUUACAGAAAGCGGACAAAAUUGCGUUGAUGCUCGGGUAUUCGCACAUCGAUUCUAUAUCUCCCAUAAAUGCCACUGGUUCUUGACGAAAUCGUACCAACACUCCUAUCAAAGAAUUAGUCAGAUCAGGUCCUUGAAGCACUCUAUCGUUUAAAGCUGUUCCUUCGAAUCGGGCGCUGCAAUCGAAGACGACGCGGACCUUAUCGGGCUUUUCUGGAUGAUAUUACUGCGUGGUGCGGCAACUACCAUACUGUGCUUUUCUUUGUGGCUGUAACGUUUAGUGGAAUUUUCCUUGCAUAUCCUUUGACAAACAUGUCAUUCACGAACUCUGUGUAUUGCUUGUGUAGACGAUUAUCUUUAAGGAAUUUGUUCUUUAUCCAGUACGCUCUUCGUUCUGCUUGAGCUCGGUUGUCGGGCAUAACGACCUCGUCUUCUCUGAAAGGAAGUGGUAUUUCAUAGUGUCCUUUUUGUUCAACUUUCUUAAGGAAUAACUUGUCUUCUUGAGAGAGACCAUGUUCAUCACUGACUUUUUUUCGCUGAAAUCAACUUCCAUCAUUCUGUUUAAUGCUUUUGGUGUAAGGAUCUCUUUCACCACUUGAUCAACAGCGAAAUGAUAAUUCAUUGGUAAUUUGAACUAUUUUUUUGCAACAAUCCGAUUACAAUUGACUGUCGCAGGACCAUUGCUUGACAUAUGAAGAGGUCCAAUCCUUCUACGUCAUUCGUCCGAAUGACGUAGAAGGAAUAUUCGGGGCGAAUAACGUAGAAAGAUUUCUUCAAAAGCAUUUCUUCUCGACCCUCAACUGUCGCAAUUUCUUCCUCCAAACGUAAUUUUUCUGCUUCGCUCUUAAGCUUCUGUUUUCUUUCAAGCGUUGCAGCUCUAGCGCGUAACUCAACCACUUUAAGUCGUUCCUUAACUCUUGCUUGGCUUGAACUCUUCGAAAAACUGCUGCUUUUAGUUCUGGACGAAUGACGCGAAUUAAAAGAUCUUUUGUCCAUUUCUUCAAAUAUUUUGCUUCACACUGGUAAUCCAUUGUUCGAUUUCAAUCGUAAAACGAGAACUCCUUUCGCAUUGUUCGUUAUACCAUGUCAACGCAUCAGCUAUCUCUUCUUCCGUUGUUAACUCCAUACGGCAUAAUUGAAACGCUUCUUUUAAUUCAGCGUUUAAGGUGACAAGUACAUCCAACUCUUGCUUAAUAAUAUGGCAAUUAUCGUAGCUACAAGUAACUAAGUUUAUCCAGUUUAUGUGCUUCGUUAUCUUCGUCUGAACGUUAAUACAGGUUCUGCGCUUUCGUUGUACGUUGUAAGCUUUCCCUUUUGAUGUAGAUUUCCGUAGCCUUCAGCCUCGUUCUUCGUCGCCACUAUCUACAAGUUCAACGUCCAUAUCAGUCGAUGUAUAUAUAUACAGGGUGUCUCAAAAAAAACCAAAAUCAUUGAAAUAACGUAUUGUUCGAAUUUCAAUGCCGUAACACAAAGGAUUUUGACAGGGUGAUUAAUUUGUUUUACAAAAUUAAAAUAUCUUUGUAAAGUGAACGUUUGUUUGCUCAUGGGAAUUUAAAAAUGCUUCGUAAAUUCGUGGGUUUAGUACUUUAUGCCUGACAUAACAAGUUUACGCUGAGUACUACCAUUCAUUAUAGCAGUUAUGUCAAUCUUUUAUGCACUCGUGGGAUUAACUUAGUGCUAGGGCAUUGAAUAUCGAACAAUACGUCAAUUUCAAUGAUUUUGGGUUUUUUUGAGACACCCUGUAUAGGUCAACAUUUUAUCGUUUGACGUUGUAAUCAGCGUUGCAUAUCGCGGCUGUUGCCUCGGUUUAAAGUUCUAGUUUUCUACUAAUGUUAGCGAUUCCCGUUUCCGCUAUACACACGUUAAAAUUGGUUUGUUCCUCACGCGUCUCUUACUGAUUUUUAUUCGUUGAACGUUUUCAUAUUACAGAUAAGAACAGGGUUGGUAAGUUAGAUGAAUAAUUAGGCCAAAUCGUCAUUAGUGCCGUUUAGAAAACAAAGAAAGCAAAAGGCCAAGACAAAGAAAACAAAGGCCUAGUGUGACGGUGUUUGGCCUAAUUAUUCAGCAAACCUACCAACCCUGGAUAAGAAACGGUAGAAAAUGUACCGAACUAUUUCACAACAACUCAUCUACCGUUUUACACUGAUUUAUAAAUGUACCGACACAAUGCCUAUAGAAAAUUAAUUUUAAAUGUUCAAGGUUCAGUAAUCAUUAAGCUAAUGAGUUAUUGCCAUAACAGGGAAAGUGUUGAGAAACUCUAGUGGCUAUCUUUCCAUAUAUCUUCUUCUUUUAAUAACAUAAUCCAUGAAUUCCCAAUCAUGUAAUUGCUCUGUACUGUCGUCUGUAAGCAGCUCUUACUGAUACUGUCGUCUGUAAGCAGCUCUUACUGAUAUAGUGCAUGCAGUCACACUGUGUUUUUUGUUUACUACUGUAAUAACAGAUGGCAAAUGCUUCCAGUUCACAAAGCAAAAGAAGAGAGGAAGGAUGUGGUAAAUGGUUAACAAAAAAGGGCAAAUCAACUGUAAAACAGCUGCAUUUUAAACCUUGCCUAACCAGAACAUUGAAACCAAUUACUUUUGAGGGUAAAACAAAAUCAUGUAAAAUGAAGCAAAGUACGAUGAGUCAAUUUCUUGUGGAGAAAACGACUAAAGUGAGAAAAGAAAUUAUUUCAAAUGGCAAAUCAACAUCCAGAGACGAAGUUACCGUUGCCUUACCUUUAAAAAGAGGAGUUUCUUUAGCAGAUAUUAAAUAUGGUUAGUAAUCUGUAAACUUUAUUAUUCUUAAUAAAUUUCUCUCAGCAUGCUUUUAUGAUGAAAAUUGCAGGACUGCCAAUGAAAUAUAUCAAAACAAUGGAAAUGUUCUGGAUGGGGAAUCCUACACAGAGAGUUAUAUUACAGGGAAAGUUAUAUUAAAGAGUCAAGAUUUCGGAGAUAAAGAUAAUGUUAUACCGAAAAAAGUGUUCAUCAAACACGUUUAUUUUAAAAAACUUCUUAUUUCGAAUCAAUUUCGAUUCAUCUUCAGCAGUAUAUUUACAAGAUAUUGGCAUAUAUAACUAUAAAAUAAAUUGAUAUAAAAAUUUGAUAGAAAUUAUAAUUCGAAAUAUACAGGUUUUUAAAAUAGAUGUGUUGUUAAAAUGCACAUUUGUUUCGGAAUAACAUUAGUUUUCUAUCUAACUAUCAGCCGGUGAAGCCAAAGGAUUCAAUAUUUCGGAUUUUCUUAACUAUCUUGAUGUUUCUUUCAACUAACAUGAGAGAGUUAAAAUUGAUGUAACUCUUUUCAGUUUAUUAAAUAUUUAUGAUCGAAGUUAACAUACUUCUAACUUACUAUUGUUAUGGUAAUAAUGGAGGAACUGCUGACAACACAUCAAGAAACGCAAUAUAUGUUGCCUACACAAUGCAAAAUCCCCUUAGAAGUGUUUAUAAGAAAUAUAAGAAAAAAAACAUACUCCGAAUAAUAAUGCCAUCUUGUAAACUCAAGAUACGAGUUAUUUAAAAAAACAAGACACAAAUUAUGGUGAUGAUAUUUCGACUUUAUUUUCGGCUCAUUGUCAAACCAAACCCUGAAAUAGAUUCGAAAUAUCAUCAUCAUAAUUUGUGUCUUUAAAUAACUCGUAUGUUGAGUUUACAAGAUGGCGUUAUUUGGAGUAGGUAAAGGAUUUUAGAAAUGCUUAUACGUCACGUAAUUUUGAAACAAUUAAUUAUUAAUCCAAACGUAUCCCAUAAUGCACUGUGCAUUCCAGAAGUCCUCUGUAUUAAAAAUUGCGUGACGUAAGCACUUCUACGGUCUAUUGAGUAUAACUGAUGUUUGCGCAAAGGAGGAGCCCUGCACUUGACAAAGUGCGAAAACGCCCGGAAAUCUAAACCUAUGGAAUGGAAGGACCCGCUCGCAAUUCACCCCGCCAGGAGUUUUUAACGUUUUCACCACUAUUUGUUUGUCGGUCAUUGUUUGGUCAUGUUGCUACCUAAAUUACCCGCCCCAUUUAUUCAAAAAUCCUUAAAACCUUCAAUGAAAUAAAGCGACUGUUGCGCAGGCUAUAGUUACUACCCAAUUUACACACAUAAUUCUAUAAUUCAAAUGCUUUGUUGCCAUCAACUGAUUCAUUAAGCAUGUGGAACUGUAUUAUCUGGAAAGUGAAUUCGAUGGGUAACGGGUAUACAUAACGAAAAUUUUCACCAAGUUUAUCUAGCUGACAUCCGCCUUACUUUGUGAUCGUAUAAGACGAAAACUUUAUUACUACUUUGUUCUUGGAUAUUUUAGAAGAUCUUUGGGGAAGUGACAGUGAUGAAAAUGACGCAUGUCAAAAUGAAGACAACGUAGAAAAGGUCAGUCAGGGAGAGAAACAGAAUAUAUCCAGAGACUUACCUACAUUAUAUAGUAAGGAUGUACAGAUUGAAAACAAUUUUCAAAGGAAUUAUGUUGGUACCAAAAAUAUGGGACAAAAACACACUGAGAAGCUGUUUCCCUCACCAAAGAGACUUAGAAAGUCAAAAAACAAUACGGAUCAAGACAUUGGAGCAGGAAGUAAUUCAGCAGAAAACGAAAUCGAUUUUACUGAAUGGUUUGAACAUGAAGUUGGUGCAUUUAAUAUUCAAUGUUAUAAUGAAGACAAGAACGCAAUAAAUAAAGAAAAUUUGUUGUCAAUGUCAUGUCGAUACCCUUCCUCUUGCAAACCUUCAGAUUCUGAGGAAGAAUUACCUCAGUUCAGUGAAUGGUUCAAUCAACAUAUUCAGAACACGAAUCACAAAGAAUUACCAGUUAACAUGUUACAAUCUCCUGCAAGGGAUGUGUCACAGCACAAUUCUACAUUUACACAAUGGUUCGAGGCUAAUUUAGAAAAUAUCAAAAGUCCUAGUUAGCUAUUUACUUGUAAUUACCAAAGAACGUGUCCAUGAUGCACGUCAGAGGACAGAGAGGAAUUAAUUUGAUGUAUUGAAACAAGUCUAUAACGAUAUAGUAAAUUAUACCAUGAUUAAUCCAUCUACAACAUAAAAAAAACUUAAACUUAGUCUUUUUAAAACAUAUUCAGACUAAUAUCCACACAACAUGGAUGAUGUUUCACCGAAUUAACCGCAACUCGUAAGGCAUUUUAAUACAUCAAAUCAAGUAAAAAAAGUAAGAAAAUGUAAGAAAAUUUCGUUUGGGAAAAGUGGGUUUUAUAUGCGUAUUCACAAAUGUUUUGUUUUGUGUUUUAAGGAUUUGAAUAACAGGCUCUAAAAUAUAUAAAAUGAAAUAAUAAAUGUAAACUAGUCAGUACGGAAAUACUUAUAUUCAUUUAUUUAUUAGUGAGUGGCAUGCAAUAGCAGUUAGCAGCCAAAAUACAGGACUGUGCUCAUUCUAAAAUUUCACAUUUAAGGUAAUACCGAUUAUCUUUUUGCAAAUAUUUAUAAAUUAUUGAAAUAUACUACAUUCUACAAAAUAAUGUAAAAUCACACAAGUUCUCAAUGUGUUCCCAGUUGUGUUACCACGUUUGCUAUGACCACAUUAGAAUUACAAGAAAGUACAAAACUGACAUAUGCAGACAGCAGCUAUCAGACGUUGAAACAACCUUAGUAUACUGUACAACUACAUGCCUAUAAUGGCAUUAUGCUCAUGCAAUCUUGCUAAAAGUUAUAAAAAAUUGUGUCAGACUUGUAUUUGUUGUUGUGGAACCACCAAGGGCCGAUUGUUCAAAGCUGGGUUAACGCUAUCCCUGGGUUAAAAUUUAAUCUGCUGUUUUAGUUUAAGUAUUUCUGCACGUCUGUUUAUUUCAAAGUUUUGGAAAAGAAAACUUCAGGCAAGAUCUCGGAAGAAUUAUUUCCAAAUUUAUAAACAAGCUCUUGGGAAGUUUGCUUUGCAUUUUAAGUUAACCUGGGGUUAAGCUAACCCAGCUUUGAACAACCGGCCCCAGGUCGAUGCGCAAGAACGCAUCCUCCUCAGUGCGUAUAAUAUUGCUUGCAACUAACAUUAUUUGCACUAAAGUUAUUUGCAACCAACAUUUGCACUAAAGUUAUUUGCAACUAACAUUAUUUGCACUAAAGUUAUUUGCAACUAACAUUAUUUGCACUUACAUUAUUACACACAGUAAAGGUCCGGGCUUACCGAUUGAAAACUUUACGAAAUAAAAAGUUGUUUAUGUUGUUUACAGAAAAAAAAACAAUAUGCAUGAAAAGUAAAUAUCAAACUUUUACAUGUAUAUAAUAUAGGUUUUACAAGUUUAUUAAAAAUGACAAAAUCCCCCAUCAUCUGUGUAUGCAGAGUUGCUAUAUAUAAGUUAAUAUAAAAUCAUGAUAAUUUCUUCUACCAAGAACUACGACCAAGCAGAAUGCGAACACAUGCACCCUUCGAGCUUGACACGGAUUUGCAUAUGACUGAAAUAUAUGUUGUGAGGUUUGCGCGUAUAAUAUACACAAGCUUUUGGUGCCAGUUGAUACGGUACAGGUAUUCAACAUAACUCUACGUGCUACAAACCAUAUCCUCAGCUUCGUCAAAUAUCACGUCUUUUGUUUGUUGAUCUUCUUGUGAACAAGUUCUCGGAAAUCUGACAAAAUCUUCGUUUCUCUUUUCGAUCUUUCUUCGUAGUUAAACAUGGCUAACGCUCGCCUGUAAU